AUGGCAACCGAAAUGGAUCAGUCCAAAGAGGACAAAAUCAAAGAUCUCCUCGAAGACAUUGACUUGCAUAAAUUCCUCUAUGAGGACCUCCUGGCAAGCAGGGGCGACGGGGAAAGUGCCGCUGAAAUGAAGGCGACUAUCAAGUCGUUGGAGUCCCAGGUCGCUCGGCUCCUUGGUGAAAGCGUACCAGAAGAACCGGCUUCGUCAAAGCCUGCGCCGACACAAAGAACACAGCCUCAGACGGCCCCAACUCAAAGUCAGCUCACACCUUCUCCAAACCCCCCGCCAAUGCCGGCAACCGCCUUUCCUGGAGAUUCAAGGAGUGUUGAACCAACACCGUAUCGUGCUCCUUUCCCCUCUGCUUUCUCGCCUGCAUCUCGGCAGGUAGCACUACAAUCAUCCCCAAUGUCCUCUCCUGGAUCACCUCCGCUGGAAAGCUCUCGCAAACGUCCGCGUACGCUUUCUAGUAGCUCGCCCACUCUGCGCGGACCAUCUAAGAGGACUGUCCCACCGCAACCUGACUCUCGCAGAUUUAAACUAGACGAUCUCAUUGCUUCCCAAGAACGCAUGCUCGCCGAAAACCGGCGCACUUUCCAGGAAAUGAUGGAUCCUGAGCAGUUGAGAUUAGAGUCUGAAAUCACAGAAACGCCCGUAGCCACACUGCUGAAGGAUAUCCAAGAAGAUUUCGAAGAUUCAGAACGGUCAAUGAAGAAGGAAUUUCAAAUGGCGCGCGAUGCGGAAAUGGCUCGAAUGCUGCAAGCUCAGGAGAAUGAAUAUCAAGCCAUGCCUAGCCCUCAGCGUCGGCCUUCGUGGAUUCUUCCUGAUCGCAGUCACCCGACGAAAGUGAAAUUGGAGCCUCCUGCGAAUCCCUUUGCCCCUUCUCCCCGUGUACCUGGUGGUUACCCUUCGUAUGGAUCCGAUGAUGAUCUUCAAGAAAUUACGGCCGAUUCAUUCAAUUCUCGACCUGGUGCGCCGCCGCCAUUUCGUGACUCUGGUUUCUUGAGCACUCUCAAUAGCCUCCACUCGGUAUAUCCCCCCAAUCCGUUUCUCCCCCGGAAUCGCAUCAACCCUGGGUAUCCUUUCCAACCGCCUCAUAUUCAAUCGCCAUACGCCCCUCUUUCUCCCAGGCCUCUUCCUUGGCUGGACGAGUCACGAUACCUUCCACCACGUGGCACAGAGCCCUUUGAGAAGGCCUUUGAUGUGGUCCGCAAUCAAGACGAAAUAUUCGACGACCAGAUUAACGUAGAGGCUUACAACGAGAAUGAGUUCCCUGAAGAUAUCAAGAACUUGCUCACGGGCAUCAAGGACAUUAACGAAGCAACCCAAGCAGAUCAAGAAGAUAUGCCGGGUGCACUUCGGGUCACGUUGAUGAAGCACCAGACGAUUGGCUUGAAUUGGAUGAAGGCAAAGGAGGAAAGCAAUCACAAAGGGGGAAUCCUCGCGGAUGAUAUGGGUCUCGGCAAGACCAUCCAGGCGAUCGCACUUAUGGUCUCUCGCCCAUUCGACGAUCCCGAACGACGUCCCAACUUGAUCAUUGCGCCUAAGUCUCUCAUGGAUCAAUGGAGACUUGAGAUCGAGCGUCAUGUCAAGCCAGGCCCGCAUAAGUUGUCGGUUCUGAUAUAUCAUGGAGUGAAGAAGCCUUGGCGAGAGCUAAAUAAGUACGACGUCGUUAUCACAACGUAUGGUACUCUCACUGCCAACUACAAGACUUUACUUAAAGCCGAAGAGAUGGCAACGCAGGGCAAGGAUCAAGACUUGAUUAGACAAAUCAAGAAUAAGGCUGGUCCCCUGAGUCCCCCCUGCCAGUGGCAUCGAGUCAUUAUCGACGAGGCACACAAUAUCAAGAAUCCUAAUGCCAAAUCUAACGCGGCAUGCUGUCGUCUCAAUGCCACUUAUCGCUGGUGCUUGACUGGCACGCCAAUGAUGAACCGACUUGAAGACUUUCAAUCGCUGUUGGGCUUCCUGAGGAUCAAGCCCUACAGCAAUGCGAACAAGUUCAAAACGGACUUCACGAAACGCAUUAAACAAGGCUGGGGCGGCGAAGACGUCAUGAAGCAACUUCGUGUUUUGGUCAAGUCUGUCUGCCUUCGGCGCACAAAAUCCUCCAAAAUUGACGGCCAACCCAUCCUGCAACUCCCGCCAAAGGUCACAGAAAAGAUCCAUGUGCUGUUCGGUGAAAAGGAGCGUGAGGUCUAUGACGAACUCAAUGCAAACACUCAACGCACGAUUAACCGAUAUCUGGAUGCCGGUACCCUUGGAAGGAACUACGGCCAAGUUCUAGCUCUUCUUCUUCGUCUUCGACAGGCAUGCUGCCAUCCACUUCUUAUCAAGGAGUUCCGAACGAAUGCGCCCGCAGCCAGCGAUCCCGCGGUAGACAAAAUCGCCAAUGCUAAACUACUGGCUGCGGCUGUUAUUGAGCGUAUCAAAUCAAAUGACGACGAAGAAAACGGAACCUGUCCUGUCUGCAUGGACAGUGUUGGAAAUGCCACAAUCUACAUUCCCUGCGGACACCACGUAUGCUCUGAGUGUUGGAUUCGCAUCAUGGAUAAUGCAGCCGCGAACCCAGCCGCACUAACCGAUGACGAUGUUUCUCCUAUGAUUAAGUGUCAAAAUUGUCGAGGUCCGGUCGACCCCAACAAGCUCACAGAUACAAUUUCUUUCCAAAAAGUCCAUGACCCCAGCUCGUUGCCAGAAUCCGAAUCCACCGAAGAUACCAAUGCAACCAAAGACACCGAAGACGAUGAGGCCACAGCAAGCAGUUCAUCAGAAUCCGAGAGUGAUACUGAGGAAGAGGAUACAUCCGCAAAGAAAAAAUCACUUUCCCAGAUGCGUAUCGCAGCUCACAGAAACAAGAACGAGAGGAAGAAAUACCUCCGUCGACUUGAAAAGGGCUGGUUCCCUAGUACAAAGAUCGAGAAGACGAUUGAAAUUCUUCAAGCCAACGAAGACCGCGGUCUGAGCGAGAAGACCAUCAUCUUCAGUCAAUUCACAUCCCUUCUCGACCUACUUGAAGUCCCCAUCUCCCGUCGUGGCUGGAACCACACCCGCUUCGAUGGCAGCAUGGGACUAAAAGAACGCAACAGUGCCGUGACAGCCUUUACUAAUGACCCUAACUGCCGGGUCAUGCUUGUUUCCUUGAAAGCCGGAAACUCAGGUCUGAAUCUCGUCGCCGCUUCGCAUAUCAUCAUGUUCGACCCAUUUUGGAAUCCUUAUAUCGAAGAUCAGGCUGUUGAUCGCGCUCAUCGUAUUGGACAGGUCCGCGAGGUCUUCGUCCACCGCUUGCUGAUUGAGAAUACCGUUGAGGAUCGAAUUGUCUUUCUUCAAGAUCAGAAGCGCGAGUUGAUUAGUGGUGCCCUUGAUGAGGGUGGUACUAUGAAUGUUUCCCGUUUGGAUGCUAGGGAGCUGGCUUAUCUCUUUGGCGUGCGGGAAUUAAACUAG